UCCGCUCCACUCCCGCCCGCACCCCGCGGCCGCCGCCCGCCCGCCGCCGGCACCGGCGCCCCUUUCCCUUCCUCCCGGCUACCGCCCCCACGCCAGCGUGGGGCUCGGGCGGAACGCGCAGGCCGCGGCCCCGCCAGCGGCGAGCGGGCUGACAGGGGCCUCCCGCCGCAGGUGAGGGGCCCGGCCGCCGCCGCCGCCGCCCUUUGUGUGGGCCUCGGCGGGGCAGGGGCGGCCGCCGCCGGGCAGGGACCCCCUACCCCACCGCGGGGCCUCCCGGCGCGGCGGCGGUGAAGGCCUCGGGGCGCCGCCGCCGCCGCGUUUGUCCGCAGGCCCGCGGGGCCGGACGAGCCCGUCCCAUGGGGAGAGGCGAGCGGCGGGCCGGGCCUCGCCGCGGGCUGCGGCGGCGGCGGCUGCUCUCCCAGCUCCCCGGCCGCCCCCGCGCCCCGCGGCCCCGCCGCGCCUCGCCCUGAAGCGGCCUUGGCCCGGCUGCGGGAGGCCCGGACCAUGCCGGAGAGGGCUGUGCCGGGGGCCGCUUCUCCAGUUUGAAAGUACCUCUGCUUUCCCGGCUUCUCUCCUUAAAUGGUUGUCGCUUCCCACCUCCCACAGAGGGAUGAGUUAGGCUCGGAGCUGGCGCCGACUUGGGUACCCGUGCAGAGCCCUCGGUAAGCUAAGAGAGCGCUGCUCCCUCCCUCACCCUUCCCAAAUGUGAGCCCAUCACAGCCAGCACAGAGAAGGUCCUCCUCUUGUCGUCAAGGCACUUGCUUCUGGCUCCUGUUCUUUUGUCCAAAAAAAGAAAAAGCCAAAAUAAAUCAGUCUGCAAAGAACUUGUGCUGACCUAAGGAGAAGGCUGUGGAGUCUCAUUUGCCUCUUUGCUUCUCAAGAUCCUUGGCUGUGUGCUGGAUUUUCUGUCCUCACAUUCAGGGGAUCAGCUACAGGAAAUCAGGAUCUUGGAUACUUUUGAUUUUUGUUUCUACCUGAACCAUUUCAAUCGAGAAGCUGAAGCUGUCACUGCUAAAAUCUUGUGUUUUUUUUCCAAGCAUGUCAGAAAGCUGGCAGCAGCAACAGCAGCAACCACAGCAGCAGCCGCCGCCACCACAGCAGCACCACACUGGGGCAGCCGCCCUCCCAGAGCACUCCAUCCCGCCCAGCACUGCUGACAACCCCUUGGGCUGUGCUGUCUACGGCAUCUUGCUCCAGCCAGACCCAGGUCUGCAGCACCACCAGCACACCCCCAUCCAGGCUGGAGAGCCGUCCCACAAAUGUGGGGUGUGUGGCCACGACCUCGCUCACCUCUCCAACCCCCAUGAGCACCAGUGCUUGCCAGGCCAUGACCGCUCUUUCCAGUGCACCCAGUGCCUGAAGAUCUUCCACCAGGCCACUGACCUCCUCGAACACCAGUGCAUCCAGGUGGAGCAGAAGCCCUUUGUGUGCGGCGUCUGCAAAAUGGGCUUCUCCCUCCUGACCUCGUUGGCACAGCACCACAAUGUCCACAAUGGCAAUGCCAUGAAGUGCUCCAUCUGCGAGAAGACCUACAAGACUCCUGAGGUGGAGCAUUCGCAGCCUCUCGACCCCUCAGAGAAGCCCUACAGCUGCUCCAUCUGUCAGAAAACUUUCAAGCACCUCUCAGAGCUGUCCCGGCAUGAGCGCAUCCACACAGGUGAAAAGCCCUACAAGUGCACGCUGUGCGACAAGAGCUUCAGCCAGUCGUCCCACCUGGUGCACCACAAACGGACACACAGCUCGGAGCGGCCCUACAAGUGCACAGUGUGCGAGAAGACCUUCAAGCACCGCUCCCACCUGGUGCGCCACAUGUAUGCGCACUCAGGGGAGCACCUCUUUAAGUGCAACGUUUGCGAGUUGCACUUCAAGGAGUCAUCGGAGCUGCUGCAGCACCCCUGCACGCCCAGUGGGGAGCGGCCCUUCCGCUGCGGUGAAUGCCAGAAGGCCUUCAAGCGUCCCUCAGACCUGCGGCAGCACGAGCGCACACACAGCGAGGAGCGUCCCUUCAAGUGUGACCUCUGCCAGAUGAGCUUCAAGCAGCAGUACGCGCUCAUGCGCCACCGCCGCACACACAAGACCGAGGAACCCUUCAAGUGCAACCUGUGCGAGAAGGGCUUCGUGCAGCCCUCACACUUGGUGUACCACCAGCACGUGCAUGGCAUAGAAAACCUCUUCAAGUGCAACGUGUGCCAGAAAGGCUUCAACCAGUCCUCAGAGCUGCUGCGGCACAAGUGCGUGCAGAAUGCAGAGCGGCCCUUCAAGUGCGCGGUGUGCAACAAGUCCUACAAGCGAGCCUCAGCUCUGCAGAAGCACCAGCUGGCCCACUGCGCCGAGAAGCCGCUCAAGUGCACGCUCUGUGAGAGACGUUUCUUCUCCUCCUCCGAAUUCGUGCAGCAUCGCUGCGACCCAGCCCGUGAGAAGCCCCUCAAGUGCCCCGACUGUGAAAAACGGUUCAAGUACGCCUCGGACCUGCAGCGGCACCGGCGCGUGCACACGGGUGAGAAGCCCUACAAGUGCCCCUCCUGCGAGAAGGCCUUCAAGCAGCGCGAGCACCUCAACAAGCACCACAGCGUGCACGCCCGGGAGCAGCAGUACAAGUGCAUGUGGUGCGGGGAACGGUUCCUGGACUUGGGCCUGCUGCAGGAGCAUAGCGUCCAGCACACAGCCGAGGGCGCCUACCAGGUGGCUGCCUGCUUGCCAUGAGCCUCCGUCCCCUCGGCGGCUUUCAGCUUGCAUGAGCCUCGGCCUCCCCUUCCCUCUCCUCAGUUGCAGAUGGCCUCCAGGGAGUUUGGGGGAAAGGGGUGGUGUGGUGGGUGGGCAGGUAAACUUUCCUCUGGCCUCUAUGGUUGAUACACCCCUUGUAUUGCAGAGAUGACGGACAAUGUGAAAAGCUCGAAGGGGUCGAGAGGAAAGGAGGGAGGUGGGGAGAUGGAACAAUACCUGUAGUUUCCUGGUGUCUCCUGGGCUGUAGUUCACGCUGUACCUGCAGUUUCAGUGCUGGGAGCUCACCUGCCCACUGCAGGCACCAGCCCUUUGCCUGCAGCCUCUUUCCUCUGCCCUGCCUGGUGGGGUGGUGGGUGGCUGGGUGACUCCUGGAGAGGGCUUGGGAGCAAGGCAGAGCCAGCCCUCCCUCCUCCUGGGGUGUGCUGCACGGCAAGGAAGUAGCAAGUUUCUGCUGCUGGGAUCUCCCAGCUUUCUUGGUCCAAGCUCAUUUGAGAGGACUGCUUCAGAUCAUUAGUGCUGAUUGACUGCCCCAACCUCCCCUGCUCUCCUUGAGUCUAGAAAGGAAAAGCCAUGGGGCUACACAGCUCCAAAAAGCACUUUGGCAUUGCUGCUUUUGCAGUCGCUGGCUGUCACAGUCUGCAAGGGUUCUGGGUGAGCCUGCCCACCCCAUCCCUGCCAGCAGCAUGGGGAUGAGCAGCGAAUGCUUCGCCGCUACCAGAGAGCAUGGCGAGGAGAGCGUUCAUGCCCCACUCCUGGCUGAGAGCUUGGUGUUUCAGAGCUGCUUCCUGAGGGACAUAGCUCUCCUGCCAGGACUUAACCUCCAGCCCCAGGCCCCUUCCCUCUUUGCACCGCUCGGGCUGUUAGCAUCCCUCCAGGGGGUCAGGCAAAGGGCUGUCCCAGCAGUGUGAACACUAAAGGGUGAGGUGAACACUACUAAUAACCUGCGAUUUCAGAGACAUUACCAUUGCUGACAGAAACCCAUGCCACGUGCCAGGCUUGGUGUCCCAUUUGUUGGAGGAGAACCAGAGGGACCCAGGAGAAUCUUUCCUGGCCUAUGGGCUCAGCUCCACCGGGAGGGGAAGAUUAGCGGUGGGUGAAGGAGGAGUGUAUUUUUUUUUUCUCCUCUUGCAGGAGUCCUGUUUUAUCCCUUUACUCUUUCUUUACCUCUUCUGUAUUUUUCAGGUUUUGCACUGUCCUUGUAAACAUCACUUAAAAAUAAAUUUCCCCUAGCAAGGUCAAUGCAGCCUGAGGUGUUUUGCUCGGCAGGAUUUUUCUGGCUUCUCAUGACCAAGAGACAUGCUACAUGCCAGUUAGAUGCCUUGGAGGUUGAAAGCGUGCUUACUGGCUUGCCCACCAGCCUUCCCCCCUUUGUCUUUGGAGACACUAAGACGUUAAAUAUCCAUCUGUGGAGAUAUUCAAGCCCUGACAGGAUGGGGUCCUGGGCAACCUGCUGUAGCUGACCCUGCUCGAGCAGGGGUUGGACUAGGUGAUCUCCGGAGGUCCCUGCCAGCCUCAGCUCUUCUGUGAUUUGGCUGGCCCUUGUAUGAGGUAGGACUGUUGUGACGGGCUCUAAUUAGUAGACAGCAGCCAGUAAGUUGCCGGUGUGCUGCACAGGUGAUUAUGACAAGUUUAUUAAGUGUUGUCCACAACAACUAUAGGCAGAUUAACUGUGCAGAGAGUUGGGCUUUGCUCAUCUGAAAUGUGGAGAAAGGCUUUCUUUUCUUUUCCAGCACAGUGAAGGGGAAUGGGGUGCGUUUGCAGGGGCUGGGACAGUUCAGUGACAAGUCUGACCCUGGGACUGAGUUUUCUUAAUGCGCAGCUUUAAGGAGGUUACAGCAGACCUUGCUCUCUACUGCCCGAGGGGACCGAUGGUUAUCUUACUUUAUGCUGCCUCAAAGAUGUAGAACUUCCUACCAAGUUGUCUGUCUGUAUUUCUUUUUCCCUUUUUUUUUAUUUUUAAGCAGUUUGUUAGUAUUCAUUAAAAAUAUUGUAUAGUUUAACUUGAUGUCAUACUGGAUCUUUUAAAAAAAAUAUGUGAUAACUUGGAUUUUUAAAGAGCUCUUUGAUUCUAGGUAGCUAUUUUUUGCUGCUUAAUAUGUAGUAAGUUCAGUGUAUGCUUUACUGGAGGAGUAAAAAUGAGGAGUAAAACUGAGAAGGAAGGCUAAUCCUGUCUUUACAGAAGGGCUUGGUGGUGACGGAGACUAUGAGUGUGGGACCGGUGCUAGCUGGGGAGCACAGCACCUAUCUGAACCCUCGCUCUGUUCCUGGCUCGGGCUGUGGUUGGCUCUGCCUUUGCCCUAAGCAGCUGCUAUAGGUCCCCAGAGCUGGGGCUUCGGUGGUCACCCUGACUGCUUGGGCACAACUCCAGCAGCCAGGAUCAGUGCUCAGAGCUGGGAGCUUGCAGAGAGGCUCAUCUUGAGUAUGAGGAGGGUGGUGAAAUGGAGUCUGCUGGAGCCUCCGGGGGCUUCUCUGGUUGUAUUUCUUUAUGGGGCAGGGGCUGGCUAGAGUAGGAGUUUGGAGGAAUCGUUUGUGUGGGCCCCAGAUGGCUGUGCCCUGCUCUCUGCCCUCCCGGGGGCUGCCUGGGGAGCUGGGCAGCCUCGGGUGCUUGGGGCAGAGCAGGUGGGACCUGGACACAGCGCGCUGGCCAUGGAGCUGCUGGAUCCCGUCCCUUUGGUACCAGCUUGGCACGGGGACUGUUGGAGAGCGCUUCCCUUGUGCUGUGCAGCUGGGAAAGCGCUCGGUGUCCCAGCAAGGAGCUCUGGCUCUGCUUCGGCUGUGGCAACAGCCAAGCAGCACCUUGGGCAGAGAGAGCAUCGCCAGGGCUGUGUGCUUGAGGGAAAAGGGAUGAGCUCAGGUCCAGGUUGUCAGUAGGUGCCUCCAGGUUUGAAAACAUCUUGGUGUGGCAUUAGAGCGUCAUUAAGUAGGACUGGCCAUGGGCCCCUGGUGACUCGGUCUUUUCAUCGUUUGCUGCCCUGCAACAGCCCAAAUCCAGCAGGAGCCUGUGGAGGCUUCAGCUGCUGGACCUCAGUGCUGGCAGGUGGAGGGGCUGCGCAGAGCAGGUGGCUGAGCGGCCACUGAGAGCUUCAGGUGUAUUCUUAUAGGGAGGUUGUCUGGUUGGAAGCAACUGUGUUGCGUACAGUGGGCUGGGGGAGCAGGUCACUCUCUGUUGCUGUGCCUUUGGGUCAUGUUUUGUACAGUGAGGUGAGAGGGGAUGGAAAUAGCGGGAGGCACAUGGAUGUCAGGAGCUGGGUGGGGAGAUGGGGAUUGGCCUGGGGGGCCGAUGUCCCCUGGGCAUCACACUGCCAAGGGCUCUUCUAACUGCUGGUGUUUCCUUUUCAAACCAAAGAGCAGUUGUAGCCAAAGCCUCUUGGGAGUAAAAUGUGAUUCUACUCUGUACCUGUGUUGCGCUUCCCUUCUGACAGUUAUUUCAAGAGAUUUUCAGGCUUCUUCAUGCUGUGUCCGCUUAGCCUCUUGUGUCACUCACCACCCCACAGCACCCAGGAGGGUUGUUGUGCUGGAGCUGGUGUUGCAUCAGCCCUGUGGCAAGUGUUUGCAUGUCUUCAGGACCUGGUUGCCAGACUGCCUGAGGAUGCUCUAGGGCUGGAGCAGGGGAUGGUCUCUCCUGAAAGGUUGUUCUCUUUGGCAGGCAGCUUGAGCAUAGGAUGCCACUGGGGAGGUGAUGGGGACAAUUAGGCUGGCCAAAAGUAGUGUGAUUAUUGUCCAGGAGAUAAAUACUGCUCUCUAGGGCUGCUGUUCCUCUGGCUUCCUGGGUCCAGGAAGAAGACAGUCUGUUACCUGGGCUUUUUUCUGAUCUUCACUUGCCCUUACCCUACCUACAGGAUGCCUUCAGGUGUGUCUUGGCCCCUUCCCCUCCACAGCUAUUUUCCUUAUACUUUUAUAAAACCUUCUAGGCUUCUUUGCCCUUUGUUCAGCUCUUUAUUUGUAAGCAGCAGUUUGCUUUCCAUCCCUUUUUCCAUUUAGAUUGUGAGGCUUCUUCCCCUUCUCCUCCUACUCCUCCCUGCCUCAAAUUCCUCUCCCAGGUGAUACCAAACCUCUGAUGAUGCAGUCAGGUGUUUGGGACCCAAAUUUUGCUGGAUUCCAUUGCGUGCUUCUGGUCCUUUCCUCCAUGAGGCCAUCCGUCUUGCUGGGCACAGGCGAUGCCUGUGGCCUGGCAGCUCGGCUUGGCUGGGUCGUGUCCAUGGCUGUGGCAAGUAAGUCUAAGCCAGGACCAGGAACCAGAACAGAGCAUUUCCAAGGGUUAAGUCAGACAUUCCUGGGGAAAAGUCGUGUCGCUGGGGAGGGGCUGAACUGCUUGGCUCCCCCUGGAAUGCCUGCAGAGCAACUGUAGCAUUGAGCAGAGUUAACACUGGCAUGGACACUCCUGGGACCAUGCGUAUGCCCAGGUGACCCUGCCAGCUCUCCAGUGAGCAGAUGCUGUCCCUGUGACCUGGGUGGGAAGACGUGUGCACUCUGGUCUUGGGGCCAUGUGCUGGAGUGAUGGGUGAGGGGGAAAGCAUCCUCUGACAGUGGUUUGGGACCAUUGGCUGUCAACAAUAAGCAAAAAAACCCUUGUUAUUCUUCAGAGUUUGACUCUUCCUCUGUUGGGUGGGGAGUUUGCCUGCAGAAAGGUUCCUGCACGUGCAGGUGUGAUGUUAAGAUGCAAUAAGGGCAGGCUGCAAGGUUUGGGGACAGCAGCUCCCCCCAGGGCCCCUCUGAACCCAGCUUCUCCCCCACUGCCUGGCUCCCGCUGCAGCAUCUCCCAGCAGCUGCCUCUGCUGCUUUCUCGACGUGAAGAUGCUGCUCUCGCAGCGUGCCUGGGAUGCUUGGUGGGCAGAGCAGGACUGCAGGUGGGAGCUGGACCGUGGGCUUGUUUCCAAGCUGUGGAUCAGAGGGAUUUCAUGGCCAGUGAGGUUCUCAGUCUCCUUCAAACCUGCACUUGGGCUUCCGGCAGGUUCCCAGGGCUGUGGGAGGUUGCGGCCAAGGAUGCUGAGGUUCGUGUGGCUUGCAGUGCCUUUAACACUGCUCUCCGUGUGUUUCUGACAUGAUACUCCAUGUAUGUGUGUAUAUAUAUUGUAUUAACACAUCCCGCUCUUCUGUGUGAGUGUUAAAUUGUUUUGCUUUACUAAUAAAUUUAUAGUUAUUUAUA